GCGGACGCCCGUCGACACCUCCUGUUGAUACGGCCGCCGCGGGACGAGUCGACGACGUGUCGCGCGCGCCGCCGCCGCCGCCGUCGCUGAAUGGGACAUGGGAAUACUCCCGCCCCUGAUCACCGUUUGCCUGAUCAUUACAGAAACACUAUGCGGACCUCACGAAAAGCGAUUGCUCAAUGAUUUGUUGGAUCCAUAUAACACGCUCGAAAGACCAGUAGCCAACGAAUCGGAACCACUGCAGCUAAGCCUCGGUCUCAUGCUAAUGCAAAUCAUAGACGUGGAUGAGAAGAACCAGCUGUUGAUCACCAACAUGUGGUUGAAAUUGGAGUGGAACGACGUGAACCUCAGAUGGAACCACACUGAAUACGGUGGCGUCAAGGACCUGCGAAUACCACCGCACAAGAUAUGGAAACCCGAUUUGCUCAUGUACAAUAGUGCUGACGAAGGUUUCGACGGUACGUACGCCACCAACGUCGUAGUGAACAGCAACGGCAGCUGUGUGUUCAUACCACCGGGCAUAUUCAAGAGCACUUGCAAGAUCGACAUCACGUGGUUCCCGUUCGACGACCAAAAAUGUGAUAUGAAAUUCGGCAGUUGGACCUAUGACGGGUUUCAGCUGGACCUUCAACUCCAAGACGAUUCCGGUGGAGACACCAGUGGUUUUAUCACUAAUGGUGAAUGGGACCUGCUUGGCGUUCCUGGCAAACGCAACGUGAUCUACUACAGUUGCUGCCCCGAACCGUACAUAGACAUAACGUUUUCCAUCUUGAUUAGGAGACGAACCUUGUAUUACUUUUUCAACCUGAUAGUCCCGUGCGUGUUGAUUGCGUCCAUGGCAGUACUAGGAUUUACUCUACCGCCGGACUGCGGCGAAAAACUAUCUCUAGGUGUAACGAUACUUCUGUCGUUGACCGUUUUUCUAAACAUGGUCGCCGAAACAAUGCCGGCUACUUCGGACGCAGUUCCUCUUUUAGGAGUGACAAUCCUCCUAUCACUGUCCGUAUUCUCACUCAUGAUAGCCGAUGCCUUACCACAAACAUCUGAAGCUAUUCCCUUACUAGGUACUUACUUCAACUGUAUCAUGUUCAUGGUGGCAUCGUCCGUAGUUUCUACGAUCAUGAUAUUAAACUAUCAUCAUCGCAAUGCGGACACUCACGUCAUGGCUAAAUGGGUGAGGGUAUUGUUCCUGGUGUGGAUGCCGUGCUUGAUGUGCAUGAGUCGGCCCAAACGGGAAGACUCGGUCGGCCAGCACAACAACAACUCCGCAAACGCGGCGUCUUCCAUCCAUCAUCUUCCCGACCUGGAGUUCCGGGCCAAGUCGUCCAGAAGUCUGCUGGCCAACGUGCUGGACCUGGACGACGACCUGAGGUCAUCCACGCGCAGCUACCCGGGCGCGCGAAGUCAAGUGGCGCCCAUGCCGGAGCACGUGGUCGAGCAGCAGCACGCUUCGGUGAUCAGCGGAAGUGCCGACGGCGCCGGAGCCCGAGGCGGGGCGCACGCGGCCACCGUUUCCUGUCUGGGCCCGCACCGAGAGCUGUCGCUGAUCCUGAAAGAGCUGCGCACCAUUACGGACAAGUUGCGCAAAGAGGACGUGGACGAGGACAUCACCAACGACUGGAAGUUCGCGGCCAUGGUCAUCGACCGGAUGUGCCUGUACUUGUUCACGUUCUUCACGGUGGCCGCCACCAUAGCGGUGCUCAUGUCCGCCCCGCACGUGAUCGUCACGUGAUCCCGAGACAACGCCCGCCACUUCCGCCACGUCGUUCACCGCCGACCCGGAACAAGACCACUUCCGGUUCGGCGCGCCAACGGAACCGCCAGUUUCAACACGACUGUAACACUUUUUCACCUAUACAUAGUAAGCACCAAGUAUGAUCCACCCUCGUAGCUGAGUCGUACACAUCCACACUACUCGUGUCGAACAAGCAAAAACGGUUAAACAAAACGAAUAAGGUUCACAUUAGUUUUCUAUAAGGUGUAAUUUUUAAAUGUUAAUUUAUUUUGGCGUGUCGAGUACGAAUCAAUCGUUUUUCGAAUUCGAUACAAAACCUGAUUAUUUAGACUUGAAGAGUAUCGCAUCGAUAUUUCCUAAAGCGUUCCGAGCACAAUCAAACACAAUUAGCUUAAUUAUUUAUUUUUUAUUAUAAACGGCAGCGUUUUGUCGUUAUUAUAACCCUUGCGGCGUGGCAGUGAGGCAAGUGUUUGCGACACAACCGAGCGAAAGCCAAGCUUGAUAAUGUUUUUCGUUUUUCACACGGUAAAAAUUCAACGCAGAAUUAUUUCACAUUUCUAAAACUAUCAUUAAAAAAUGGGUUUCACGAAAAAUGUAAAAAUCAGUAGUUACUGGUUUGUUGUACAAUUUGAAUAUCCUUCAAACCCAAACCAGCACUGAUACCUACCCGACGCAAACACUGCUUCCACUAACUGUAGUUUUUCGGUCUGUCGCCACGUCGUAGCCUUAUGGUAGUUGAAUUGAUUUGUUUAAACACCGAUUAUUCACGAUAUCAUUAUUAUUUAGUUAUUAUUGUUAAAAAUUUACUUAUGAAAAAAUUUAAUAUAUCUUAAACACGUUGAAUGACAAAAUCUUGAGUCGUCUUCCGGUUCAAAUAAAUGUCAAAAAAUUAUUACAAAACUAUAUAAACUAAAAUAUAUAAUAUUAUAUCAAUAAUAAUUAUUUAAACCAUAGGUUGUAUUAGUUCGAUAUUGUUAUUAUUUAGAUUUUACAUCGUAAUAGAGUAUCUAUAGUAUAGCAUACUAUCUUCUUAGAUAAGCGAUUCGGUAACUAUUGUGUCGUCUAAAAAUUAAUUUUUGAUUAUUAAUAAUAGCACCAAUUGGUUCGCUAACGACCGUGAAUAUACAAAGUGUUAAAUAAUAAAUUGAGCUCAAUUAAACGCUUAUAAUAUAUUUAAAAAAAAGGUAAUAUUAAUGUAACGUGUAUGCCAAAAAUAUACAUAAUAUAAAAAUAUAAGACUAUUAUUUCGAGUUUUGCGACACU